UACAUCCGAUUUGGUCGUUCAACUGUUUCUUGAAAUACAUAUUUUUACAAUGGCAUCGACGAGGAAAAAUAAAAUGUCAUCUCGAUCUAUAUCACCAACUAUUGAUAUCAUCGAUUUGACAGAUGAAUCGUAUUUAAAUAGAUCUUCACAAACUUGUAGCAAUACUUCUGAAGAUCUUCCUAAUUCGUAUGGUUCAAUAACCAGAGCACAAUAUAAUUCAAACCUGCAACAAGAAGAAACAACCACGUUAGUUUCAACUGUUUUAGAUACUAUAGGCACAGCCAUAGCAAUCACUACAUCUAGAAAUACAAAUAAAAGGAGGAAUAGAACCAAUGGUAGAAGAACAAGAAUCAGAGUUUCCAGCAGAAGUAGAACUCGUGCUGAUACAAGAUCUGUAAUUGAAGAACCAAAUGAAAUAAUUGAUUUAGAUGAUACUUCUUCACCCAAGCACAGUGGUCCUUGGUGCAUUAAUGAUUCUAGUAAUAUUGCACCUACAGCAUUAGUUUGUGCUAUAUGUCUUGAAGAGUUACAAUCCAAACGCAAGCCUACAACAACAAGUUGCGGGCAUAUAUUUUGCGAAGAAUGUUUGAAAAAAGUGAUUCGUGAGAAAAAAAAAUGCCCUACAUGCCAGUCAAGAAUCACUCAAAAAUCAUGUACAAGGCUUUACUUUUAAUUAUAUUAAUAAUUAUUAAAGAGCUAAUCACAUUAUUUAACACGAGAACGAAGAUAAAGUUUGAUAAUUGCAUUGAAGAAUUUAAUUAUACUUUGAUUUUUCUCUCAUUA